AUGUUUCUCAGAGUUCAUUACCCAGCACUACUGCAAAAGAGACAGCACAUCAUCGCCAGCAGGUCCGACCUGCUCAGGUCACCCGGCUGGACCACUUAUGCUUGUCUGGAGACGCUGAUGAAAGAACCUGGAGGCCAGUGUGUGGAGGGCCUGCUACCCGCGGUGUACGAGGCCGCGCUGGUACACUCCGAGACGCACCACAGCGGCCACCACAACCCCACAGACCAGAGCACCUCUGCCAUCAUCUACGUCUCUAUCGUGGUGGUGUUCUACGUGGUGAUCAUCGCGGUGCUGGUGGGGACGACGCUCCGGCGGCGCGGCGGUGGCGGGGAGGAGGUGGAGGAGGAGACCCGUCACCUGCUCCUCUACGACGAGAAGACGGACUCCGUCACCCACACCCCGGCCGUGCCCGCCUCCAGGAUCCACGAGGCGGGGCUCCUCACUGUGUGAAGAGCGGCACGGAGGUCAUCACGUACAACACAACGCGCGGAAUGAAACAAAAAAAAUGCAAGUACACAAGAAUUUCUGAAGAGCAAGAGCUUCACAAUGUCAACAGAACAGAAAAUCAUCAGAGAGGAGCAAAAUAACUUGUGUUAGUGUGUGUUGGAAAGUUAGACGCUCGGGGCUAGCCUCACCAGACUUUGCAGGGUGACUGGUAUGUGUCAAGGGAUGGUCAUAGGUGGGUCGGGAUCUAUCCCCAUGCACCCACCUUUGCAUGAAAAAUCCUACUACUUUUCAGUCUCGCUAAAUGAAAUUCUGUCCUCACUAACAUUAUGCGGAUUAAGGGAAAAAGGGGAAGAGCAAAGAAGGUGAUGAAGGUUAAGAAAGUUGGUAAAGGAUAGGUUA